GCCAACAGUAUUAGUGGGGGAAUUAUAGAGGACAUCAUGAAAGAGACUAUGGAAAAAGUCCAAAAUACCACUCAUGGAUCUGGCUGUUUUGAACACUGCACACCUCUGGAACAAAUCACGCCAACCUCUGCGGCAGUCAGUCGCCUCCUGAGGUUUGGAGCUGUGGCUCUUAUUGUUGGUGCGGUGUUAAUGUUGUGUGCAUCCAUGGCUGCUCUCUACCUGUGGAAAGUCAGCGAUAAAAAUGUUUAUAACGUUCGUUACAGUAUGAACAUCAAUGGCGAGGUGAGGAAGGGUUCCGUGGAAAUUGAUUCUGACAACAACCUGGAGCGAUUUAAAACUGGGAGUGGAGCUGAAGAGGCUGUGGAGAUUCAUGACUUUCAAAUUGGAAUAACCGGAAUCCGCUUCGUCGGAGGAGACAAGUGCUAUAUAAAAUCCCAAAUCAAAGCCAACCUUCCUCUCAUGGGAGCUCACAACAAAGAGUCGCUGAUGUUUGACCUGACAGAUGAAAUCAUGCCAGUGAGGUUUGACGAGGAGUUCCUCAUAUGGGUUGCUGGGGAACAGCCCCUGAAGGACACCAGCUUUCUGAGCGACAAAAUUCUGGGUCUUUGCGGGGAACUUCCAAUUUACUGGCUCCAGCCUAUCUAUCCUAAAGAUGGGGAGAGGAGAAAGAGAGACACACAGCGAGCCAAACGGCAGUUCAACAUGGAGGAGUUCGAGGCAGCUGCUGCUGCUGGGGAGAGGGACCCGGUGAGUCACGCCGAGGAUGACACCUCCAGAGUGGCGGAGGAAGAGGAGGGAGCACAGUCUACUGCGGGGUCAGCGUACAACCCUGAAAACCCGUAUCAUCGCAGCGGCGGGGCCGGAGAGGAAGGUGCCAUGACCUUUGACACCAUGUUAGACCACCAGGGGAUCUGCUGCUCGGAGUGCCAACGGAGCUACACCCACUGUCAGAGAAUAUGUGAGCCCCUGCGUGGUUACUGGCCCUGGCCUUACAACUACAGAGGAUGCCAGGUAGCUUGCAGAGUCAUUAUGCCCUGUCGCUGGUGGGUGGCACGCAUUUUAGGUGUUGUGUAAGAAAACUAUGCUAUGCCCAUAAAGAAAAGACCCUACAAGAACUCUAUUAUUCAUGCAGAUAUUUAUUUUCUAACUCUGACUAUAAAUACUAGCAGAAAGGUGCGCCUGUCAGCACGCAAUGCAGAUCGUGAUGUGUGAUUAUCUGUACUGUAUAACCUAUAAUAAUUAUGACGGAUGUUCAUCCAGGCAUAAUGUUUGACAUUUAAACAUGUAUCCGUACACAUACGGUAAAAACUGGAAUAUAUAAAUGGCAUGUUCCUAUUUGCAGCAACAGAUUCACAAAUGAGCAUGUUCAUUUUCUUUUUUUGCAUCAUGUAAUAAUACAAAGGCUUAAUGCACUGUACUGUGUUUAAUGGAAGG